CGGUUGUUCAAAAAUGAAUACAAAAGUGCUAGGCUUUAUUCUGUUGAUGACUAUUGCAUCAUCUAAAUGUUCUAGAAUUUUAUUUAUUCAGCCCUCAUUUAGUAAAUCACACGUAAUGCCACUCCAAACUUUAGCUAAAGAAUUGGCAAAUCGAGGACAUGAAAUUACUUUUGUUUCUGUAUUUCCGUUUGAUAAAAAGAUUGAAAAUUACCGCGACAUAAAACUGGAAAUUGAGGGCGAAUUUAAAGUUUUAUUUAAUGAGGCUUCUAAAGGAAUGACAGGAGGAGUUCAAUUCUUUAAAAUGUUUCCAAUAUUUAAAAAACUGGUUUUUGGAUACUCUAACCACACAAUCAACUCACCAGUAAUACAAAAAUUGAUGAAAGAUGAGAAGUUUGAUCUUGUUGCUGUUGGUUACUUCUUAUCGGAAUUUCUACUUGGAUUUGCUGAUCAUUUUAAAUGUCCAUCAGUUGUAUUUGCAUCUUCGAGUCACGUUUCUUCAUUGAUGAAUAUUGUUGGAAAUCCUGUAUCACCUGAGGGAACAUUCAGUGCUAUGUCCAACUCUAAAGAAUCAAAUUUCAUAAACAGAGUCAAAAAUUUCUUAAUUUAUGGAGUAGAGUUUGUGUUAUUUAGAGGCUACUUUUACUAUAAAUCAAAGAAUGUCUAUGAGUGAGUAAAUUUUGAUUUUCGAAAAUUAAUAAUGAGUCUUAGGGAAUAUAAUUGGGGCUCGGUCUGACUUAAGUUAUCAAAUUUUGCAAUGAUGCAAAGAUUUUUGCUUUCUAAAAUGUUUGAAUUCAUUGAAGAGCACUAUUUGAAUUGAUUUUGUCCAUGCCUAAAAUUUGAGGCUCAGUGGUGCAGCCAGAAGAGAAUUUUAAAGUCCACAGGAGCACACAUCUUCAAAUUACUACAAUCAUAUGAUAUUAAGUACUGAUAUACAUAUGUGCUUAUCUUUGAAUGUGUCUAGUGCCUUUCUAUAAUUACAAUCAGUAUAUUUCCAAACCUCGAUGUGAAGUGACCGAAACUUAAUUUUAUAAUGAACGGGAAUGCGUUGGGAAUAUUUAUAUUAAUCGUAAUUGCGUCUAUUGACUGUUCAAGAAUUUUGUUUGUGCAGCCAUCAAUGAGUAAAUCGCACGUAAUGCCACUACAAACAUUAGCCAAAGAUUUAGCAAAAAGAGGACAUGAAAUCACAUUUUUAUCAAUUUUUCCAUUUGAUAAGAAAAUUGAAAAUUAUCGAGACAUAAAACUUGAAGUUAAGGGCGAGUAUGUAAAUGUAUUUGAAGAGGUUGGAAAGGCAAUAAGUGAAGGAGCUGGUUUAUCAAAAAUGAUACCACUGAUGAAUAAAAUGAUUUAUGGAUUUGGCAAUGAGACUAUUCAGUCACCCACAGUUCAAAAAAUUAUGAAUGAAGAUCAAUUUGACCUUGUUGUCGUCGGUUACUUUGUAUCUGAAUUUCUUCUUGGAUUCGCUGAUCAUUUUAAUUGUCCGUCAAUUAUUUUCUCAUCUGGAAAUCAUGUAGCAUCUCUAAACUUUAUCGUUGGUAAUCCUUUGUCACCGGAUGGUACAUUUGGUGAUGUUACUGAUUCAGCAGUUGGAAAUUUCAUAAAUAAAGUCAAGAUUUUUCUGGUUUAUACAAUUCAGUUGGCUGUUUUUAAAGGACUUCUUUACUAUCGAUCGAAAAGUAUUUAUGAGUAAGUUGAAUUUAUUACGAGACUAGGUAAAUCAGUCAACUUCGAGCUCUGUAGAUACAAAAAGGCUUGAGAGUUCAGUUGAUACUAUUUAAUUCAGCAUUUAAAGCACCAACACAAACAUUUUAUACUUAAAUUGUGUUGACAACGAUAAGAUUUUUGUAUCUGGAAAAUUAAAAACAACACAAAACUUUGCCUGUAUGUCCAAAAUAUUCUCAGUAUAUUUUUAUAAAUAGCAGUAAACAGAUCCAAGACAAAGCGAUGUGCUUAAAAGUUGUGUGUCUUAUUUUAAUUCUAAUUAUCGGAACUGAAUCUUUAAAAAUUCUAAUAAUUAACCAAUCAUUUACAAAAGCUCACAUAAUUCCUCUACAAAUCCUUGCAAAAGAACUAGCUGGGCGAGGUCAUGAGAUCACAUUCGUGUCAAUGUAUCCACUGGAUCAUUCAGUUCCAAAUUACGAAGACAUAAAAGUUGAAGUGACUCAAAAAAUAUGGAAAAGCAUUAAUAAAAUCAACAAAGCACUUACAGAAAGUGAAAAUGUCUUCAAAAUAUUUCCAUUACUUAACGAAGUUGUUUUUGUUUACGGCAACAAAACACUUCAGACGCCGGCUGUAAAAGUUUAAAAAACAGAAACUUUGACCUUCUAAUUGUCGGUUAUUUUAUGAACGAAUAUCUUCUUGGCUUUGCUGAUCAUUUUAAAUGUCCAUCGAUUAUGAUGUUUGCGGGAAUUCAUGACGCACUUUGUAAUGGAAUUGUUGGAAAUUCAUUAUCAGUUGAGGGCUCGCCACAUGGGCUUUUGGAGUCUAAGAAUAUGAACUUUAUGAUGAGAGUCAAAAAUUUCUUACUUUAUGGAUUCGAGCGAGAAUUAUUAGGAAGAUUCUUUAAGUAUCAGUCUAGGAAGAUUUAUGAGUGAGUAUUCUGAAUAAUUAAGGUUAUUGCAAAGGUAGAAUCUUUGUUGCUGUCAUUCGAAGGGUCCUGGUCAACACUUAGUCUCAUUUGUAGGGCAAGCUAUGUUACCCAAGUGUAGGGUUGUCUGAUAAACGUUGUCAUAGACUAAUUUUCAAUUUAAAUUUUACAUUCAUACAAAUAUAAUUCAAUUGUGUGAACGUCAAAUGAUAAGAUAUUGCUACACUACACAGCACUACAACCGUAAUUUUUCUAUAAUAAUUGUUUAAAAGUCGAAGUCACGCUCUCAGUUUCAUAUCAUUCCUCUCCGUGAUCAGAUCGAAAAAAUAGAAUUGCGAUGAGUGCGAAAUUUAUAGCAAUAUUUAUACUAACAGUGUUUGCGUCAUGCGAGUGUUCAAAGAUCUUAUUCAUGCAUCCAUCGUUCAGUAAAUCACAUGUAAAGCCACUGCAAGUAUUAGCAGUUGAAUUGGCUAAUAAAGGACAUGAAAUUACUUUUGUUACAAUGUAUCCAUUAGAUAAGCCAGUUAAAAAUUAUCGUGACAUAAAAAUAGAAGUAAAUGAAGAGGAUUCAAAAGUUUAUACUGAUAUUGGAAAGGCAAUGACUGCCGGUGAAAAUAUAUUCAAAAUGAUUCCAGCUCUUGACAAAGCUAUUUUUGAAAAUGGCAAUAAAAUUCUUCAAUCAGCAGCAAUCAAAAAUUUAAUGAAUAAUGGACAGUUUGACCUUGUUGUGACUGGUUACUUUAUGAAUGAAUAUUUGCUCGGCUUUGCUGAUCAUUUCAAAUGUCCAUCAAUUAUAUUCUUUUCUGGACCUCACGUCUCGUCACUUAAUGCAAUGGUUGGAAAUCCUUUGUCACCAGAGGGAACUGCUCACGGUUUAUUACAAGCAACAUACAUGAAUGGUUUUACGCAAAGGCUUAAAAAUAUCUUGUUCUUUGGAGUCGAUUUUAUUAUGUUCAGAACAUUCUUUUAUUAUCGAGCAAAAAGUGUCUAUAACUACAACUUCCCACCAGACCGUUAUCGUUCAUACGAUGAAAUGAUCAGAAAUGUCUCGUUAGUUCUUGUCAAUACUCACUUUACAUCAUCAGGACCACGUCCACUAUUGCCUAAUCUCGUUGAAGUUGGUGGCUUGCAAGUCAAACCUAAUCCUGCUCCACUUCCAGAGGACUUAAAAACAUUCCUUGACGAUGCCAAAGACGGUGCCAUUCUCUUCAGUUUCGGAUCAAAUGCCAAAAGUAUUUACAUUCCUGAAGACAAACAAAAAAUUAUCCUCAAAGUCUUCUCAAAGCUCAAGCAACGCGUCAUUAUGAAAUGGGAAUCUGAUGUUCUUCCUGGCAAACCUAAAAAUGUUUUAAUCAGCAAGUGGCUUCCACAAGACGACAUUUUAGCACAUCCAAAUAUCAAGGCAUUCAUCUCACAUUGUGGAUAUGGUGGUGUCAUUGAAGCUAAGUCAAAUGGAGUUCCAAUUAUUGGAAUUCCACUUGGUGCUGAUCAAAAGGGAAAUGCUGAUAAGAUUGUUGAAGAAGGAUGGGCUGUGAGAUUGGAUAUGACUGAUAUUACUGAGGAAUCAUUGACCAAUGCACUUAAAGAGAUACUCAGCAAUCCAAAAUAUAGAGAUAUUGUUGGAAAACAAGCAAUUUUGGCCAAGGAUCGUCCAAUGAAUGCUCAAGAUACUGCAGUCUACUGGGUUGAGUAUGUAUUGAGACACAAUGGAGCUCCUCACUUGCACUAUCCAGGAGCUGAUCUCAACUUCUUCCAAGCCAAUUCAAUCGAUGUGAUCCUCUUCAUCUUUGCCGUCAUUUAUGCAGCAUUCAAAGUCAUCAAACUCAUUUGUGGAUUCAUAUUUUGUAGAAGUAAAAAAGGCAGCAAUGAGAAAUUGAAAAGGAACUAAAUGAGAAAGAUUAAAAUUUGUACAAAACUUAUUGAAGCUUAAAUAAAACUUUUAUACGGAAGUAAAGAACAUUUACACAUUUUUAUUGUCUGACUUGAUAAAUAAAACCUUUUUCAAAACAUAAUAUUCGUGCUUUAAAAACCGGCUUAUUUUCAGCACAUGUAUAAUAUUUCUAUUGCUGUACAUACAUCAACUUUGGUUAAAAAUGUACAAACUGUUAAUGUGUGGAUGAUAAGAAUACAAAUACUGUCUUAAUUCUGCUUCAAAAAUAUUUUUUGGAAGUCAGUGUUGUUUUGGACAUCAAGCAGUUAAAAAUGUACGUGAAAUUUUCGUCGAUAAUUUUAUUUCUUGCUAUUGCAUCAUCCGAAUGCUCAAGAAUUCUGUUCAUCCAUCCAUGCAUAAGCAGAUCCACAGUGCUUCCUCUACAAGUACUAGCUAAGGAUUUAGCUAAGAAGGGGCACGAUGUGACUUUUGUAUCUUUAUAUCCAUUUGACAAGAAAGUUGAAAA